AUGGGUCGUGCUAAAACAAGUCAAAAAUUAAAUAAAAUGUCUACCAUUAACUUAAAAUAUCAUCCAGAUAUUGAAUCUGCUUAUGCUGCAAUUAGAAAGUAUGAACUGGAGACCACUUCUAAGUACAUAUUAUACUACAGAGAAGCUGGUUUCAAUCAGAAAGACUUGGAUAAUUUGGACAAGAAAAAAAUAUGGUGGGAUAACCAUAUCCCCUUUGAUGGUAUUCCGUAUUGCCUUUUGGGGUCUGAAGUGUGGGACUGUCAUCACGGGCCAGACAGACACGUGAAUGAUAAAAAGAAACUUGUUGCCAAAAAGGAUGAGAUGGAAGAAGAACAUCCAUACACCAAAAAUUCAAAGAAAAGGUUUUUAGUUCAGAGUACCAAGAAGAUGGACUGCAAGUCACAGAUCACUCUUAAAGCUGUUGUUAAGUUUCCUGACUUUAAGGUUGAUGGCCUUGAUAGCACUUACAGGAGAAAAAAAUGUGCAUCCAACCUUAGAGCAGCCAAUUUCAAUCAUGUAAAGAAAGACGUGAAGAUUGUGUUAAUUCUUCCUGAUACCAAAUCUCAUCAGAAUCAUCUAAUUGGUGAAUUUUCAGGAUACUCCCAACCACUUGAUAGCCAAGUGAAAGAACACAUCAGGGAAUUGGUUUUUGAUGGUGUCAGGAAAGUGUCCGAAAUGAAGAGGCACCUAAACAUCUUUGUUAAGAGAGAACUUUCUUUGGACAUGCCUAUAACUAACAGAAGAUUUCAUCCAAAUGAGCGAGACAUAAGAAAUCAUAUGUAUUUAGCCUUAACCAAGACAAGGUUUUCAAAGAAUGAUCAACAGAAUUUACAAUGUCUGGUGAGGAAAUGGGAGGCUGAAUAUACAUUGGAUACUUUUUUUUUAAGACUGGGAUCAGAUGGUAAACAAAAAGAAAAAAGUAAUGAUGAUGUUGAGGAAGUUCCCCAGUUUCUUUUUGUUCAUCAAUCGGAAACACAGAAGAGGCUUCUAAAUAUUUAUGGCCAGGAGAUUUGCUUGUUGGAUGCAACAUAUAAAACAUCGAGAUAUGACCUUCCUCUGUUCUUGGUUUGCGUCAAUACAAAUGUUGGAUAUAGUGUUGUAGCGUCUUUUAUAGUUGCUAAUGAGAAUCGCUACACCAUUCAAGAGGCACUCAUUAAAUUGAGAGAUUGGAAUCCCAUGUGGAAGCCCAAAUAUUUCAUGUGUGAUUUUGAUUUGAGAGAAAUUUGGGCGCUUGAACAAACAUUUGAAGGUUUAAUGGUGUAUCUUUGUGACUUCCAUAGGGAACAAGCCUGGCACAGAUGGCUAAGAGAAAUUAAGCAUGAUUGCAUUGAUGAGAAAGAUGAAAUUAAAAAAAUGUUAAGAGAAAUAGCUGAUGCUGAUUCUGCAGAGUCAUAUGCAAAUGCUUUGCAACAAUUAAGAAGCAGUGAUAUUUUCAAGGCAAAGGUCUCCUUGAGAAAUUGGCUCGAAAACAAAUGGCUCCUGAACUGCAAGAGAUGGUCAAAACUUUUCAGAAAUUCACUCUUUAACAUCAGAGUGAAUACAACCAAUGGCCUUGAAAGACAACACAAAGAACUCAAGGAAAACUACUUGACAGAGUAUAUAGAUAAAUCUCUGUCAAGUAUGGUGACAUCAUUGGUAACCAAAUACUUACCAGAUAGUUAUGAGAGGUAUACCACUGUAACAAUGAAGGAGGAAAUGAGGAGGGGUUGUUUGGGUGGAGGUGGGGAGGGGAAUGUGGAGCGCAAACAAACCGUGAUGAUGUUUAUGACUAUGCGGCAUGGGCUUUAA